UGGAAGGGGCUUGCUGGGUAGCGAGUAUAGCUCUAAAAUCUAACACACACUCACACACACCUGCUGUACGAUGGGCAUCUGGAGCCGAGCCGUUAUCUGCCUGAUCCUCCUGCUGACCACACCUGCUGUGAUCAGACCAGUCAUUACAGACCAGACGGUACCAGACAUUACAAAUCAGACGUUCAUUAACGACUGCGUAAGAGAACACAACCAAAACAGAUCCAGCGUUGACCCACCAGCCAGCAACAUGCGCUACAUGUCAUGGGAUGAAGGGCUGGCAGUCACUGCGAGAGCCUGGGCAAGAAACUGUCUCUUUGUGCACAAUAUUUACCUGAGAGAGAGUAGCAAGGUCCACCCAGUCUUCAGCUCUGUCGGGGAGAAUCUUUGGGUGGGGACGUGGUUUUCAGUGGAGGAUGCAAUCCAGUCUUGGGUUAACGAAGUUAAAUAUUACACCUAUGAGACGUUGAGCUGCGGCGGGGUCUGUGGACACUACACACAGGUUGUUUGGGCGAACUCAUAUAAAGUCGGCUGUGCUGUCCAGUUCUGUCCAAAGGGAAUCAAAGAAACGACGUUCUCUCACAGACCAGGAUACGUGUUUGUGUGUAACUAUGCUACAGCAGGAAACUACAGAGGUCAGAAGCCUUACGUCACAGGAAGCCCUUGCAGUGGUUGUAAUGGAGAGAAGUGUGAAAAUAACCUCUGCCGUAACUCCACUCGAGACGCACUGAGACGUUAUAACUGGACUCCAAGCUGGGACCCAGCUCUGUCAGAGUGUGGAUCUUUUUGUAAGGCUGUUCUGAUCACCUGGCCUGUUUCUCUGCUCAUCAUCUUUAGCUCUGUUUACUGUAUUCAGCUCUACUAUCCAAACCUCCUCGUCUACACUUCCUGAUAAAGAGAAUAUGACAACAUGGUGAAUUUAGGACAUGUGCCUGGAAUAGCAUUCAUUUUAACCAGUCACUGCUAUUUGAUAUCCUUACUAUGUACCUUCUACUUGUCCUUCUACUGAGUAACUCAGAAAAUCCCUCCAGAAUAAAUUUCAGUUCACACAAUUGUUUAUUUGUUGAAAACAUUGACCACAUUUUAGCUGCAUUCCGCUAAAUUGCUUAACAAGGCACCCCCUUAAUCUGAGGCACAGAAAGUCUCAAGGAGAGCCCCGCAAGACCUGAUGUAACAGCGCCAAAGUUUGAUCUCAUAAUACCAAAGUCAUUAAGACAUAAUAAAUGAAAACAUAAACAGUGUACAAUUAACAUGCAUGAAUAGGUGUCUUUCUAUGAUCAGUGGUGAUUUCAGUUCUUAUGCAGAGUAAGCAGAUAACUCAAAUAACAUUUAAACCAGUUACACUUACUGUGAAUUCACUUCACUAAACAGAGUUCCCAACAUGUCAAAUUACUCUAUACUUAUUUGGGUUACAAGCUAAAUAUGCUUUCCACACACAGGAGGGGGGAUUUACCAAAUAUCAAAUUUUAUGUAGAGGAAGAAGAGGCUGUUACAGUACAGUACCAGUUGAAGGUAUGAGGUGAAUCUGUUAAUAACGUCGUCAGCUGAGCGGGUGAACAUGCCUUGUUUCACCUGCAUGUGGGACCAAAUAUGUCGGGAAACAUUAUAGAAAAUAUCAUUUAAUCCACAUCAGCUUUUUGCUGGGUAAAUUAACCGUCGGGGUGGUCAAUGCUGCCCAAUUUAAAUGAGAUACUAGUGCAGAGCCAUGUAGAGACAGGCACUGCGUUUUAUGAAUCUGGUCCAGUGUGUUUUGUGGGGAAUUUCUAAAUGAGUCAGAGCUUGCGAUAGCUAGCUGCACAUACAAACUACCAAGUGUGUUAAUGGGAAGAAAAAGUGCAGAGGGACACCAUCUUUUAGUUGUUUUAAAAACUUUGACUCUCCAUUUUUUUCUCAUUAGGAAUUUCAGAUUAAACAGAUUAUAAAUUGCAUUCUGCAGUCAUUCUGCAACCAAACAACCACAACAGCUACACAUAAUAGCAAAAUAGAGCUAUACAACUGUGGAGAUUAAAAUACAGUUAAACUACAAAAGCCCUAAUUUGAUUUUCCUCAAAACUGUCCUAAUGGAGGCCUUAAGAUGCUGUGGGCAUGUUAUGUGGUGUAAAAUGAAGUUAAAGAGAUAAACAUAUAUGGGGGGUGGGAGUUAAAAAGAAAGAAAAUAUAUGGUGUAUGAUGUUUUUUCCCUACACUUUUCACAAUAAAAAAAUCAUCACGAAAAAUCAUCACUUCCAAUUCACUACAGUUUUAAUGCAAACAGCGGGGAGUGUCUGACACUCUCCUUUCUUAUUAGAUCUUAAAUGGUCAAGUGUGAUGAUAAAUAAAUAAAAUAAAUUUGGACAUUUCCAUACGUCUAAUAAAUAAACAAUCCUGAUGAACUUCUGGAGUUGAAAGAGUAGGAGACAGACACUGAUUGUGUUUUUAUUGAACAGAAUAUUUAAGAAAUUCUAAUCUGACUUGUAAACAGUGUGAAUCCACAUACUGCUCUUUGUCAUAACCAAAAGAGUUCUGAAAAAUGAGUUUAUUUUCAGUAGAUGUGUUGCAGCUGUAAUGCAGUAGCUGGGGUAAAACAGGAUGUACAAUGUAGACUCAUGCAAGCACUUCUGCUUCUAAAAAAAGGUUUCUGUUUGUUCUUUGAACUGCAGUUCUUAGAAACAAAAAAAAUUACACAGCCAUCACUGCAUACAAUGUAUGUUACUUGCAAAUGUAACUAAAAGUAAGUGAUGUCUAAAACACAAAUAUAGCCAUUUUAUGGCCGUUGUCCUUUUUUUUUGUUGUUGUUCAUUGCUUCACUGCCAUUGUUCUUGUUUCACUGCUUUUGUCGUUUUUCAAUGUCUUUGCAUUUUUAUGAUUAAUGACUGGAGAAGGUUAAUGUGUGUGACAGUUCAACAGAAACCAGACGCUUGCGGAUGGAAAGUUGAUGACAGUUUAGUAACCAACCGCAAACAGAGCAAAAAGGGCAGAGCAAAGUCGUCGUCGUCGUGAAACUGGCAAAAAGUCAAAAAAACACAAAUCAAUCAGAAAAGGCAAAAGUACCAGAGGGAUGAAGCAAAAUACAAAACGGGAGAAACAAAGCAGUGGUCAAAAACACGGAAGUCGGACAAUCAGAAUAGAAACGCUCAGUAAGUCUCAGGGAAACAAUACCUCGCAACGAACCUAACAAAGGCCCGGGCUUAUAUACUACCAGUUCGCUGUCUCAUAAAAACACACACAGGUGAAAGCAAUUAGUAUUCCGGUGAUUGUGAGCGCUGAUAGGAGCGUUCGCGAGAGUCACUGGUCACGUGAGCCCCCACUGCACUGGGCAAUAGAGUCUCUGUCGGAAUCCGAGUCCGCGUUCGAUGGCCGAGUCACAUGAUCUCCCAUGGGAUUCUGGGAGAUGAAGUCCGUUUCACGAGAGCAUGCCGUAGGCGUGACAAUGUGAAAAAACAAAGUGCCAUUUAAUUUUCAUUGUUUUAACGAUCUGACCAGCUAUUGCAUUUAAACUGCCAGUGAGACUUCCUCUGAAUCAAACGCUGUGGGCGGGACAUUGGGAGGGACUUUUUAAUGGGAGGCUGUAAUGGUUCUGGUGUACAGAGUUGGCAGCAGUAACCACUGAGUGACUUUUCAGCGCUUACUAACCAGGCCGAGGAUAAUUCUGUCCAAAGGGAUUUUUGUGUGGAAGUGAU